UCCAGUGUUUGGGACUCUGGGCACACACUGCUAUCUGGAGAAAGAGAUCGUGGUGUUAGAGCUCUCCCAGCAGUUUCUCUGACUGAUUUGCUCAAGAUGAAGAACAGAAAUCAAAUGACGGAGAGGAUCUUGGAUCUCAUCCUGGAGAUCAUCUACCUGCUGACUGGAGAGGAAUAUAUUGUGAUAAAGAAGUAUCAUGAGCAUCUUACGCAUAGUAGCAGAGUCCCAGUUUCAGAGUUAAACUGUAGGACCAAGAACCCGGGCACAGGGCCUUCACCGCUCUUCCUGAUGCACGAGAGGAACAAUGACAAGAAGAUCCUGGAACUGACCAAUCAGAUCAUCCAGCUGCUGACUGGAGAGGAGUGGGUGUUUUUAGAAGGACAUGAGGAUCUCUCCAAGAAUGUGACAAUGGAGACCCACCUGCUCCCAGGCUCUGAUGAACCAAGGAUCACACAUGUCAGUGAUGGGCUUAACAUUUUUGCUUCGUCAAAGUUUUGUGGAAAUGAAGAUAAAAGGGUCAGUGAAAUAACCAAAAAAGCACAAAGCACAAGGAACAAGAAGCAGGAUAAUGAUGCCUGGAUUACAACAAAGGAAUGUAUCCCAAGUGUAGAAGAAAAUAACAGGGGCACCCCCGUUUAUACGCCCUCAGAAUAUCCCUGUGUAAAAGUUGAGGAAUUAGCCUUACUUGAAAGUGAAAAUCUGAAGGCCUCUGAAAUUCAUGAACGCACACAACAUAGACAGACGAAAUGUACCUCUGAUUCUAUUAAAGAGGAACAAGGCUCACAUGGUAAAGGAGGUCGCACAGAACUUUGUACUGACGCAAAACAGCCACAAACGAACUACAUUUCUGCUCACAGGUCAAAGGAUUGUGUAGGAAAUUACACAUCCACAGAUCAUCCACAGACAGACUAUGCAUCCCUUAAUAUUAAGGAAGAAUUGGUUUCAUGUGCAAAGGGAAAUCUCACAGACAUUGACAUACAUACACAGACAGGAUGUCCAUCUACUCAUAUUAAGGAGGAAUCAGCCUCAGGUGAAGGUCAAAUCCACACUUACAUUUAUAAACCUACAGAAUACGUCAAUGAGGAGAAAACAGCCUUGUGCGAAGAAAGAAAUCUCCCUAACUUCAACAUGUAUACCCCUACACAAACAUCUACUCAAAUUAAGGAGGAACCAACGUUAUUUAAUGAAGAAAAACUCACUUAUACAUAUAUCUACACACCCAAAGAGCAGGCACAGAUAGCCCAUGCAUCUAUUUAUAUUAAGCAGGAACCCACAUGUGAAGAAGGAAUCCUCACAUAUACUAAUUUGUAUACACCCACAGAACAUAAACAGAGGGAAUGUAGAUCAAAACAUGUAACAGACCACCUCAGUGGGCCUCUUAAUACACAUGUAAUACAUAAUGGGUUGUCCUUAAUGAGGAGUAUUGAAUCAACCACAAAUGGUAAUGCACUAGCUCAUUCCCACCAAGGUUUGUCCAUCUCAGACAUGAUACACAGCUGUUCUCAGUGUCAGAAAUGGUUUUCUAGCACUUCGGAUCUUCUUAAACAUCAAUAUGUACACCGAGCAAAAAAGCUCUCCUGUUCUGAUUGUGGGAAAUGUUUCUCGCGGGUUUCACAUCUGAUUGUCCAUCGAAGGAUUCACACUGGAGAGAAGCCAUAUUCUUGUUAUGACUGUGGGAAAUGUUUCAGUCAGAUCUCUCAUCUUGUUAUACACCAGAGGAUCCACACAGGAGAGAAACCUUUUUCGUGUUAUAAAUGUGGGAAAUGUUUCACACAGAGUUCACAUCUAGUCAGACAUCAGAGGACUCACACAUGAGAAAGGCCAACUGAGCCAUAGGCAAAACGAAGAAGUCUACUUGGCAACAUGGGCAGCACCUGCUGAUGUGAGGACCACAUCUCUAGGUUCACAGUGUCUGAUUGCCUUUUUUUUUCUACACUAAACUAUAUUGUAGGAGCAAGAGAACCACUAUACAGUAAUAAUGAAAAUGAUAUAAGCAGCAGUAAGAAGUAGAAUUAUAUGAACAGCUAUGGCUAUGUUAAGCUCAAUCCCCAUUACAGUUUUAUUGGAAAGCAGGGAUGUGAAACUUAUAUUGCCCAACGCCCAGGGCAUGCAGUUCCAGGUGCCAGGAAGCAGGUGUUCUUUUUUUUUUUUUUCUUCAUUUAUUCAGGGCUGCCAUGGGAGGGCUGGUGGUAGCCACGGAGUGUACCUCCAUCCAGUGCAGAGCUGGACUGGCCCGUCUGGAAAUUUUCCGGUGUGCCGCUAUAGCUGAGGCCGACUGCUGCUUGAGAAUGGCUUACAGGGAGGAACAAGGAGUGGCCACAGCCAGCUACUCCUUGUGAUGCACAGGGUUGAAGCCAUCAGGGAUACAUAGUAACAUCAGAUCCUGGUGACUGGCACUGCAUGGCAGAGAGUAUGAGACAGGCUGCACACCCACCACCUAAACAAUGAAACAUGCUGGCACCUGCUAGUACUUAAUGAGACUGCUGAGUGUGCGUGUCAGAGAAUGUGUAGUUUGUGUGUAUGGGUCAGAGUGCGAGUGUGAGUUUGUAUCAGAAAGUGUAUCACAGUCACAUACAGCCAGCACACAAUAGACACAUUACAUACAUCCAAAACACACCACAAACACUAAGACCGAGUGAGAGACUAUGAGAGGGCAGAGGGUAAUUCACUAAACUCAUUAAAUAAAAACCAAAAAAAAAAAUAGCCAUGAGGUGACUAGUGGAGAUUGACUCAGUUUUUCCAUUCAGAUUUCAUUUGUGAAGUAAAGCUAAGCAAAUAGUCCUGUCAAUGUCCAGGGCAGGGGUCACACUCUUUGUAACUUAAAUUAUUUUGUGUCAGGACAAGUAGAUUGUCAUGAUGGACAAGCAGAAUGAGCUAUAUCUUCAGUCCCCUGGACAAGUAGAUUUUUUUAAAUCCACACCCCAGAAAGGAAAUGCUGCAUGGAUGGGGAGGAUUAGAGAGGGGUAGAAGAAGGGGAGAAAGUAUUGGUUAGGAUUAGGAUAGGCAAAAUGAGAUGGAGAGAAAAAAAAUCCUGUUUGGGGAACAAGACAAAUAAGGGUUUCUGUCCUCCAGAAAUGCCUCCAGCCAGGGGCGGCUCUAGGUUUCGAAUCCGCAUGGCCGAUUACUUUUUCUGAAAGUGGAAAUAGUUGCCUGUGCACAAGGUGAUAUAUGUUCCAGAUUGUCUAGAUGUGACCUUUUAGGAUUAGGAUUGUCCUAAAGGUCACAUCUAGACAAUCUGGAACAUGUAGCGGGCUGUGAAAUGUAUUCUUAUUCCGCUUUCUUACAUCACAUUCAUUGAUGUGGCCAUGCCAGUCUCAGUGCCAACAAUGAACUACAUAAAGACUUAGUGAAAUAAAGUAAUCUUUCAUUUAUUUUUUUUCCCGUUUAUUUGCACCGAGGGUGUGGGGUAUGUUUUGGGUUUAAAUAGACAUUUGGGAAUGAACACAGAAAACGUUUCUAUUUAUUAAAUAAUGAGAUUAAUUUUAUUAAACUUUUAUACCUU